CUAAUGAUGAUAAACACAGAUCGCACUGUAAAGCAUCUGAUGGGAAGCCCCAGGAAGAAGAUCAAUUAUCUGCAGCUAUCUGUUAUACCUUAUAUACGUUAUGCAUCAUCUAUCCGACUGGCUUUGUUAAUUAAGCCAAGCGACCGCAGCUUUCAUUCCCCUUUUCUGUUUUCAGGCUGUAAACCCAUUUUCCGCAACUGAAAACGUCCUUGCUAGUUUCAGAGGCAGUCAACCCGCCUGUCGAGUCUUGCACAGCGAACCGUAGAUGGCGCGCGCCCAACUCGGUGUUUUUAUUCGGUGGACAGGAGGAAACAGGGGCUCGCAGGGUGUCCCCACCACUCCUCCGUGAGAUGCGCCAGAGAGCUCGCGGGAAGAGAGAGAGAGAAGAGGGUUGACAGUGGCGUCGCAUCCGUCAUUCUUCUCCUCCAGAAUCCCUGAAAACUUAAAACGCCUCUCUUUCUUUCUGGUUUGUGAACUCAGCCCCAGGACCAGCUUGAUGAGGGGACUAUUUUCUUUGCCCAACUCUUGGCAUUGCAGCAGAGGGGAGAUGGGAUCCUAUCUAUAACUGAGUACUUCAGCCCUCCAUUCAACUGUUCCUCUCCUCAUCCCUCCAUCCUGUCCUGUCCUGGUCCGGUGUGGUCCGGUGUGGUCUGGUGUGCAGCCUGAGGGAGCUGUGGUUCUGAUGAGAGCUCUGGAAGGUAAAGCCAGAGAGAGGAGCACAGAGGACCUGGUAUGACCAGCGCAGCAGACGGUGUAGGGAGCCUGGGGAGCCUGGGGAGCCUGGGGGUGGAGCAUCACCUCAGUGUCCAUGACCACGUGGUGAACGACCACGGAGCCUGGGCCACCGCCAUGAACAACCUGGGCAUCGUACCCAUGGGCCUCAGAGGGCAGCAACUGGUCUCAGAUUCUCUCUGUAUCCAGGGCUUUGACCCAGGUUUGAGUCUCCUAGCUCCCAUAAACCCCAUGAUUGCAGGUAUCAGCCUGGUCCCUCCUCCCCCUGGUCCCCCUGAGAUGCCCAUCAUCAAGGAGAUCAUCCACUGCCAGAGCUGCACCCUGUUUCCUCAGAACCCCAACCUGCCUCCUCCAUCAACACGUGAGCGGCCCCCAGGGUGUAAGACGGUGUUUGUGGGGGGUCUGCCGGAGAAUGCCAGCGAGGAGAUCAUCAGGGAGGUGUUUGAUCAGUGUGGUGAGAUCAUCGCUAUCAGGAAGAGCAAGAAAAACUUCUGUCACAUCCGCUUCAGUGAGGAGUUCAUGGUGGAUAAGUCCCUCUACCUCUCUGGCUACCGGAUGCGUAUCGGCUCCAGUACAGAUAAGAAGGACUCAGGGAGGAUGCACGUGGACUUUGCUCAGGCCAGAGACGACCUGUAUGAGUGGGAAUGUCAACAGAGGCUGCUGGCCAGGGAGGAACGACACCGACGCAAGAUCCAAGAAGACUUCCUCCGUCCGCCCUCGCCACCUCCCAUCAUGCAUUUCUCCGAGCAUGAGGCGGGACAGCUGGCGGAGAGAUUGAAAGAUGACCAUAAGUUCAGUGAGGCGACUGCAGUCCUGUUCACGUGGAUCGACCGUGGUGAGGUCAACCGGCGGUCGGCCAAUAACUUCUAUUCUAUGAUCCAGUCGGCCAAUAGCCACGUCCGGAGACUGAUGAGUGAGAAGGCCCAGCACGAGGAGGAGAUGGAGUUAGCCAAGGAGACGUUUAAAAAUGCCCUGCUGGCCAUAUUGACUCAGUUCGAGCAGAUCACGGCUGUGUUCACCGCUGCCUCCAGGCAGAAGGCAUGGGACCAUUUCUCUAAAGCGCAGCGCAAGAACAUAGACAUUUGGAGAAAGCAGUGUGAGGAGCUGAGGAAUGCCCACAGUGAGGAGAUCAUGGGGAUUCGCCGGGAGGAGGAGAUGGAGAUGUCUGACGACGAUUCGGAUGAGAGCCCCUGUAAGAAGAUACGCAUGGAGGAAAAUGGUGUGUGUGGCCAGUCUGGGGCCUCUCUGAGGGAGGAGAAUGACUCUCUGCGUUGGCAGCUGGACGCCUACAGGAAUGAGGUGGAGCUGCUGAGGAAGGAGCAAGGCAAGGCUUGCCGCCCUGAUGACCCUGAACACUUCCCCGACACACACACACACCUGCUGCAGCAGAGCAUGCACAACAUGCAACAGCAACUGCUGAGUCUGCAGGAGCAGCUGAGGAGUAAGGAGGUGGUGCUGGAGCAGGCUAGAGACGAACACAGAUACCUGCAGGGAGAAGUCCUAGCCCUGAGAGAUAAGAUGCUGACUAAUGGGGAUGUAGUGGAGGGGAACAAUGGAGAAACACCUGAGAAGGUGGUGAACGGGUGUGUGACCACUCUGUACCGCAGCAGAGACCGGAGGAGCGAAGCAGCCAUGAGAGGAGCCCUCACAUCAGAGAGAGAGGCUCUGCUACUGGGCAUCAUAUCUACCUUCCUCCAUGUCCACCCGUUUGGAGCCAACAUCGACUAUCUGUGGUCCUACAUUCAGAGACUGGACACUACGGUGUCAGCGGGGGAGUUGGAGUCUCUGAUGGGUCGUUUGCCAAGUGUCUUCAGACAGGAGCUGAGUGGAGUGGGAGCCACGUUGGAGAAACGAUGGAACUUCUGUGGCUUCCAGAGCCUCAGCUCCGUGUGACACAGGGACCCACACACACACACUGUAUGGAACAGGACACACACACACAUCGGAUGACCCAGGACACACACAUGGCCUGAAAAAACAUAUGUGGGACAGAAACAUACACACUUCCUGACCAGCCUCAAAACCUGGUGGACACAUGAAUAGAAGGCGUGUCAAAUCCACAGACUGUUCGAACGGUGUGUGUGUAUGUUGCGUAUCCACAGACAUCCACAGUGCAUAGUGAUAAUACUCUAACAGACACGGGCAAGAACAAAAGCUACAAGAUCCCCCUGAUGGAUCUUCCAGAGUUAUAUCGUUGCAAGGGAUCUGCUGACAGAGGCAGAGGGAUCCAUAUGGAUCUUUCAGAGUUAUAUCUUUGCAAGGGAUCUGCUGACACUGAGGCAGAGGAAUCCACAUGGAUCUUUACUUGAUGCUGUAUAACUAAAUCCACUGAUGUCAGCCAAAGUGGACACAGAGCAGACCUUCUCUAUGGUAACGUAGUGACCCGACCCCAGCCAACAGAACAGAAGGUUCUUAGUCCUAACGUUUCUCUCUAAUGGACUGGAAUGGUUUGAGAUGCCUCUCUCUGUUCCCUCUCUCUGAUUUUAGACUCUCCCUCCCUCUGUUCCCCCUCUCUCUAUCUAUGUAUCCUCUCUCUCUCUCUAUUCCCCCUCUCUCUCUGUAUCCUCUCUCUCUGUAUCCUCUCUCUCUCUCUGUUCUCUCUAUCUCUCUCUGUAUCCUCUGUUCCCUCUCUCUCUCUGUUCCCUCUCUCUCUCUGUAUCCUCUCUCUCUGUAUCCUCUCUCUCUCUCUCUGUAUCCUCUCUCUCUCUAUUCCCUCUCUCUCUCUGUAUCCUCUCUCUCUCUAUUCCCCCUCUAUCUCUGUAUCCUCUCUCUCUGUAUCCUCUCUCUCUCUCUGUUCUCUCUCUCCCUCUCUGUAUCCUCUGUUCCCUCUCUCUCUCUCUCUGUUCCCUCUCUCUCUCUGUAUCCUCUCUCUCUGUUCCCUCUCUCUCUGUAUCCUCUCUCUCUCUCUGUUCUCUCUAUCUCUCUCUGUAUCCUCUGUUCCCCCUCUCUCUCUAUCUCUGUAUCCUCUCUCUCUCUAUUCCCCCUCUCUCUCUGUAUCCUCUCUCUCUGUAUCCUCUCUCUCUCUCUGUUCUCUCUCUCCCUCUCUGUAUCCUCUGUUCCCCCUCUCUCUCUCUCUGUUCCCUUUUCUAUCUCUGUAUCCUCUCUCUCUGUUCCCCCUCUCUCUCUGUAUCCUCUCUCUCUGUGUAUCCUCUCUCUCUCUCUGUUCCCCCUCUCUCUCUGUAUCCUCUCUCUCUGUAUCCUCUUUCUCUCUCUGUUCUCUAUCCUUCUCUGUAUCCUCUGUUCCCUCUCUCUCUCUCUCUCUCUCUGUUCCCUCUCUCUCUCUCUAUUCCCCCUCUCUCUCUGUAUCUCUCUCU